AUGGUUGCUAACAAGGUUGUUCUCCUCACCGCCGCUGCCACUCUCGUCGAGUCGGCUCUUGGCUUCAACUUUCACCGACACGGUCACCAGCACAUCAACAAGCGUGCUCUCGAGACCGAGUGGGUUACUGAGUGGGUUACCGUCUGGGUCACUCCCGGCCGGGAAGAGGCUGCCGCUGCCACUUCCACUUCGACCACUACGACCACCACCAAGGCUGGCUCCAAGGACAAGGCAGUUGGAGGCGGCUAUGACAGCGUCCCUACUACCACCUCAACCACCGUCGUCGUCGUUCCCACUUCCACUUCGACCAGCGUUGCCUAUGUUGCACCAGUCCAGACUACCCUGACCACCGCCGUCCUGCCCAAGUCCAGCGUCCAGGAGGCUGCUGUGGUCACUACAUCCUCUGUUGAGCAAGUCGCUGCUGUCCCCGAGACUACAUCCGCGGUCGCUGUUGAGGAGGUUGCUACCACCUCCAAGGCCGCUGCCGCCGCCACCACUUCAAAGAAGGCUGCUGCCACCACCGCCGCCUCAUCCUCCUCGAGCUCCGCUGGUCUCUCCCACAAGCGCGGCUUGGCUUACAACGACGCUGCCCUGGCUAACACCUUCGGUGCCAGUUGCGCCAACUGUGGUUGGGCUUACUCCUGGGGUUCUACCAACACUGGUAGUGAGGAUCUCGACUCUGCCUACAACUUCAUUCCUCUGCUCCACAGCAACAAAGCCGAAUUCACGUCUGUCUGGGCCGACAACGCUGCCGCCGCUAUUAAGAGUGGCUCCAAGGCCCUCUUCAGCUUCAACGAGCCUGAUAUCCCAUCCCAGGCUAACAUUCCCGCUGCCGAUGCCGCUGCGUACCAUGUCCAGUACAUGAACCCCUUUUCUGGCCAGGCCAAGAUUGGUGCCCCCUCCGUCUCUAACAGUGGUGAGUCGGGCCAAGGUCUUGAGUGGCUGUCGUCUUGGAUCGAUGCAUGCGAGGCUCAAGACGAGAAGUGCCAGUAUGACUUCUGCAACAUCCACUGGUACUCCCAGCCCGCCUACGUCGAUACCCUGUUCACCCAGCUGGAGGCUGCCCACAAGCUCUGCGGCAAGCCCAUCUGGCUGACCGAGUUUGCUCCCAUCGAGGCUAGCGAUGCUCAAGUCUCCGCCUUCCUCGAGGAGGUCAUUCCCAAGCUGGAGGCUCUCGAUUACGUUGAGGCCUACUCAUACUUCAUGGUCGCCACUGGUAACCUCAUGUCCAGCGCGACCAGCCUCAGCUCCUACGGCCAGGUUUACGCCUCGGCUUAA